AUGGGGCUACCACUGGGGCUACACUGGGGUGGGCUACCGCUGGGGCUACGCUGGGCUACACUGGGCUACCACUGGGCUGGGGCUGGGGCUACCACUGGGGCUACCAUGGUAGCUGGGGUACCGCUGGGGUACUACCACUGGGGCUACCGCUGGGGGCUACCGCUGGCUACCACUGGGCUACCGCUGGGGCUACCAGUGGGGCUAACCGGGGCUGGGCUACCGCUGGGGCUACCUGGAGGCUUCCACUGGGGCUACCACUGGGGCUACCGCUGGGGCUACCACUGGGGCUACCGCUGGGGCUACCGCUGGGGCUACCGCUGGGCUACCACUGGGGCUACCGCUGGGCUACCACUGGGGCUACCGCUGGGGUUGCCUACUGGGCUACCGCUGGGGCUACCACUGGGGCUACCACUGGGGCUAACUACCGCUGGGGUUACCGCUACCGCUGGGGCUACCGCGUGGGCCGCUUACGCUGGGGCUACGCACUGGGCUACCGCUGGGUUACACCGGGGGCACCGGCUGGGGCUAACCGCUGGGGCUACCACUGGGGCUACCGCUGGGGCCCGCUGCUGGGUACCUGGGUUACCGCUGGGUAUCGCUGGGGGCUACUACCGCUGGGCUGACUGGGGCUACCGCGGGCUAUACGCUGGGGCUACACUCGGGGCUACCGCUGGGGCUACCACUGGGGCUACCGCUGGGGCUACCACUGGGGCUACCGCUGGGGCUACGCACUGGGGCUACGCUGGGGCUACGCUGGGGCUACCGAUGGGCGCUACCGAUGGGGCUACCACUGGGGCUACCGCUGGGGCUACCACUGGGCUAACCGCUUGGGACUCAUCCACUGGCGCUACCGCUUGGGGCUACCGCUUGGGGCUACCAUGGGGCUAA